CUACUUACAUUGUCUUGAUCUUUUCAUUUCGUAUAGAAUGAAUGUUGAGUGCAGUUUCUUUAUCAAACGCAUUCGAUUGCCUGUUUGUUGUAUUUCUGGCGUACAACUAUCCCCUUUUUUUCUCGCGAACUCUGUAAAUUCGAGCUGCCGCAGGGAUGGUUUUCCUAUGCUGGGAUCGGCCCUCUCCUCAAGAACAGAAGGCCUGCAUCAACAACUUAUUAUCACCAGGUCAGGUGCAUUCAACUAUGACUCUAAAUUCAGAGGAGCUACUGCUAAGCCUUUGUCUUAUCUCCAAGAAGACAAGGAGCUCUCAAAAGACGGUUUCUUACUAAACCACGCGCGUGUCUUAGUUGGUUCUGGUCUAGAGACUUAUGAAAAGGGUAAAAGCGCUCUUCAGACUUGGAGGCAUUUUGGACUUGAUUGGGCAUUUGUUGAUCCCAAGACUCCCAUUCAGAGUGGAGUCAAAUUCUGUGUUUGCCUCAAGGAGUUUCUCCCAUGGGUCAUGAUGCCUCUUGAGGUUGUGUAUGUACAUGAAACUAGAAAAGCUAACAAGGCCUUGGCUUCUUUUGGAUUUGGUAGCGGUACCCUUCAAGGCCACCUUCUGGCUGGGGAAGAACGUUUCUCAAUUGAGUUGGAUGAGAACAACCAAGUGUGGUAUGAAAUACUUUCCUUAUCGAAACCUGCCCACUUUUUGUCAUUUAUUGGGUAUCCAUAUGUUAAACUACGGCAAAAGUACUUUGCUCAUCAAUCUACCAAUGCAGUUGUGAAACAUUCGACUGCUUCACAGCAGUGAUGUGAAUGCGAAUGUGAACUCCUGAUCUUAAAAAAUUUUCAGCCCUUCUUCGCU